AUGGUUUUCAGCUCCAUUGCAGCAUCUUCAAGUGUCACAACCGCACUGAAGUGUUCAAGAGGAAGCGCUGUGCGCAAAGCUGGGAUCGCCCACCUUUACGGCAUCGCCGGCAGCACCAAUGUGACGGGCGAUCAGGUGAAGAAGCUGGACAUCCUGUCCAACGAUCUGGUCAUCAACAUGCUGAAGUCAUCGUUCAGCUCCUGCGUGCUGGUGUCUGAAGAGAACGACAAAGCCAUCAUAGUGGAGCCAGACAGGAGGGGCAAAUACAUCGUGUGCUUUGAUCCUUUGGACGGCUCCUCCAACAUCGACUGUCUCGUCUCCAUUGGCACCAUCUUUGCCAUUUACAAAAAGACCACAGAUGAUGAGCCCUGUGAGAAGGACGCUCUGCAGCCCGGCAGGAACCUCGUGGCAGCGGGCUACGCCCUCUACGGCAGCGCCACCAUGGUAGUGCUCUCCACCGGCCAGGGAGUCAACUGCUUCAUGCUCGACCCGGCGAUCGGGGAGUUCAUACUGGUCGAGCGGGAUGUGAAGAUCAAGAAACGAGGGAAGAUUUACAGCUUGAAUGAAGGUUAUGCAAAGUACUUUGACCCUGCUGUCACAGAGUACCUGCAGAAGAAGAAGUUCCCUCAGGACGGCGGUGAGCCCUACGGCUCCCGCUACAUUCUGCGUCUGCUGUACGAAUGCAACCCCAUGGCCUUCAUCAUGGAGCAGGCGGGCGGCAUGGCCUCCACGGGCUUCGAGAACAUCCUGGACAUCCAGCCUGAGAGCAUCCACCAAAGAGCUCCUGUGGCUAUGGGCUCCACCGAGGACGUGCUGGAGUACAUCGCCAUCUGCCAGAAACACGCCAAGAAGUGAGACCGCACGGGACUCACACAGCUGCCCUCCUGCUGGGAUGCACGUUACCGCCUCUGUAAUGAUGGUUUUUAUGUAAAAAUGGGUUUUAAAGACCAAAAAUGUGAAGAGAUUUGGAGGCACCGUGUUUUCAUGCCACGUUAGCCCUCCCAUUGUUAAGAGGUGCUGCAUAAGUUCACAUACUGCUAAACAAAAGCUACCAAAGACCAAAAAUGUGCCAAAAACACACAAACGCACUUCAGUCUGAGACCUUUGCUCCUCAGUUUACCUCCAGUUGUGCCUUAAAUCAAAGAGACAUUCCAGAUGUGCAAAAGACCAAAAACAGCCUCUUUGCAACCAAACGUGAUUCUUUUAUUGUGUGAAAUAACAGCUGUUUGCAACAAUGAAGUCUCAAUAAAUAAUAAGAACGAGUGA